GCGUGGCCGGGGCCAGGUAUUGUGUGAGCACACGAGGGCCGUGUGUGGAGGAGAACCCCUGUCAGGAGACGUUAGGCUGCUCUGUGAUCUGCUCUUUCCCCCUGCUUGGCUCCAUGGCCCUGGGUGCCCGUGUGUGUGUGUGUGUGCCGGGGCAUCUCUCUGAUCUCCGCUCCCUCUCUGUUCAGCAGGUCCAGGGUCACAUGCCUCCGCUCAUGAUCCCCAUUUUUCCACACGACCAGCGGACGCUGGCAGCAGCCGCCGCUGCACAGCAAGGCUUCCUCUUCCCCCCGGGACUCUCCUACAAGCCAGGUGAUAACUACCCGGUGCAGUUCAUUCCAUCCACAAUAGCAGCUGCGGCCGCGUCAGGACUCAGCCCCCUCCAGCUCCAGCAGCUGUAUGCCGCCCAGAUCACCGGCAUGCAGGUCUCACCUGGAGCCAAGAUGCCUCCGCUCCCCCAGCCCCCCAGUGGCCCCAUCUCCCCGUCCGCCCUGAAGAACGACAAGAGAUCCUCCAGCCCAGUCACUCAAAUUAAGGAGGAGGGAACGCAGCCUCUCAACCUGUCGGCCAGGCCCAAGACGGCCGAGCCAGUCAAGUCUCCCACGUCCCCCACACAGAGCCUCUUCUCUGGGAGCAAGAGCAGCCCCAACAGCCUCGGCGGCAAGGGCGGCCUCCCCAGCCCCCUGGGAGGAGGCCUGGGCCGGGGCUCUUCUCUCGACAUCCUGUCCAGUCUGAACUCCACAGCCUUGUUCGGGGACCAGGACGCUGUGAUGAAGGCCAUCCAGGAGGCCAGGAAGAUGAGGGAGCAGAUCCAGAGGGAGCAGCUGCAGCACCACCAGCAGGGCAUGGAGGCCAAGCUGUCUGCCCUCAACUCCAUGGGCAUCGGCAACUGCAGAGCGGACAAGAAUCCUCUGUAUUCUCUCUUCUCUAAUUCUGAGAGGGCUCACUUUGAGAGUCUCGGUCAUCACCUCGGCAAACUGGGAGAGGAAGCCAAGAUUGGACACAGAGUUAUCGACCUCACCCGGCCAGAGGAUCUGGAGGGGGGCGCCAGCACUGCCGAGGCCCGGGUCUACAGGGAGUCGCGAGGCAGGAACACCAACGAGCCCCACAUCAAGCGGCCGAUGAACGCUUUCAUGGUGUGGGCCAAGGAUGAGCGGCGCAAGAUCUUGCAGGCCUUCCCAGACAUGCACAACUCCAACAUCAGCAAGAUCCUGGGCUCCCGCUGGAAAUCCAUGUCCAACCAGGAAAAGCAGCCGUACUACGAGGAGCAGGCUCGCCUGAGCAAGAUCCACCUGGAGAAGUACCCCAACUACAAGUACAAGCCCCGGCCCAAGAGGACCUGCAUCAUCGAUGGGAAGAAGCUACGCAUCGGCGAGUACAAGCAGAUGAUGCGCUCGCGGCGGCAGGAGAUGAGGCAGUUCUUCACUGUGGGGCAACAGCCGCAGAUCCCCAUCAGUACCAGCGCCGGUGUGGUCUACCCUGGGGCCAUAACCAUGGCAACCACCACGCCCUCCCCCCACAUGACGUCCGAGUGUUCCAGUGCCUCGGCCAGCCCCGAGCCCACCAUCCCCGUCAUCCAGAGCACCUACAACAUGAAGCUAGAGCCCAGCCCCAUGGUCAACACCCAGGCCGUCAACGGAGAGGACGAGAUGGACAUAUACGAGGAGUUUGAGGACGAGCCCAAAUCGGACUACAGCAGUGAGACUGAGACACAGGAGCCUGUGAGCGUCAACUGAGGCCUCGCCAAGUUGAGAGCCACACACACACACACACUAGCGUGCAAACACACAGACUCUUACUGGAUAGAGCCCAGAGGGAAAGACGCGUCUGAAUGAGGAGGAAUAGAAGAAGGAAAAAACAAAAAAAACGACACAUCGAAACUCAAAACUGAAAAGAAAAAAAAAAUCUGAUGAUAUAUCAUUUAGGAGCCUGCAUGCAUGUGUGGCUCGAUCAGAAUCAACAGCUAAUUGGUCUUAAAUGUUUCUUACAGUGUGUGAAGCUGUUUUGGUUGUGUUAAGUUUGGAUUUUUUUAUUUUAUUAUUUCAUUGUUUAAUUUUGUGUUUUGAUCAUGAACAUUUGAACAAUUAGGUCAUUGCCUGUACAAUUUUUGAUGACAGGACUUGAAAUGUAAUAUUUUAAUAUGAAUCUAUAAUUCUUACAGUCUUACCUUUUUCUUAAGUUAGAUUUUAUUUUCUCUCUCUCUCACUUCAGUUAAGGCUUUUGAUAGCAUUUCUGUUCAUCAUGGGAGUUAUCAAUUCUCACUCAGGUAUGCUGUGCCAGCCAACAGCUCGUGAAUGUUUUGAAUCUGACUUAUUUUCAACAAUUGAGAAAACACAAUAACUAAGAAAAUUCUUCCUUGCUCAAAGCAAAACAAUUUCACAAUUUGACAGAGGGAAGAAUGCAUAAAACUCCUGUAUGUUUAUUCUUAUUUACCUUACUAUUCUUAUUACAAUUAUUGCCCUUAUUAUUAUUAUUAUUUUAAUUAUAUUAUUUACAAUUGAAACUAACUGUACGACUUUUUGCAGGCGUGCCAUGCAUUUUAGUGUUUCUUUUGUACCAUCAAACACUUGAGUUCUGAGAGAGAGACUGCAUUGGUUGUAGACAAUCUCUUGAUAUCGUGUUUAGUGUAAAAAUCCAGGCUUUCUUUAAUUCCUCCCAACAAGGUCAAACUCUCAGGAAUUUGGAAUCAGCGUGCUGUGUCUAAAACAGGAAGUGAUGCGAUUGUCCUGGUGUAUUUGUUUGAAAUGGCAGCUCUUUGCCAGUGAGACCGAUGCAGUGGCCAGCAGGACUGUGUCACCAGCCCUGUCUACAGAGAGCACUAAAAGCACUCCCCUCUAACCCCUCAGCUCUCCAACUCAAGUCUUACUCCCCAAGUUCUUAAUCAGAGUGAUUGUAAUCAGGCCAGAAUGCCAAGGGGCCAAGGGCUUCCAAUCUGUGGGAUUGGAACGGCAGUGAAAUGCAGCUUUAGGGGCAUUACAAUUACAAAUUGCUGUUGUACAAUGUGUAGCUACAGUACAUACUGCUAAAUGCUUUAGCCCCAACUUUGAUGGCAACUUUUAAGUCAGUCCUAAAACUGUUUUUUUUCUUCUUUUAUUUGUAAUCUUACUUAACUUUAUCUUAAGUCUUUUUAGACAUCACAAAUCUUAAAUUGACACGAGAAAGUCUUAAAGCAGAGUAUGGCCAUUGGGUUUAUGCACUGUGUUGAUUACUGCAGUGGUCUUAAGGGAAAGGAUGUGGGAUGUGGUACCGUAGGUGUUUGAUGGGAUAUUAACAUGCCUUUAAGGCAAAUUACAAUACAUUUAUCUCCUGUAAUAACUAGGAAUAUGGAAUAUGGAAUAUCAAAUAGCAUGAUGUUGUCAGAAACAGCAACUAUGAAAUUCCCUACAAGAAAGUCUUAAACUCUGUUUUUUUAAGGAGCAGGCCUAAGGUUGUUACCUUAUGGAGUGCCGGUUACAGAUUAGGAGCAGGCAAGGCCUCUCUGUUUAGAAUCAGUCCAUCUUUACAGGGCUGCGAGUCACUCCCUGCCUGCCUUGUCCUGUCCUGACCCCUGCCCGUGGUAACCCCUACACCCAGGGGGCGCCAUCUGGUUCGGAGUGGCGGGGAGCGCCUGGGAGGGAUGGUUAACAAUAAGAACAGGGGGACGUAGCGCUCAUUGUGCUCUCCAUCAAAGAGCGGGUGGUGAGGCCCCAGCCCUGGCUCCUGCCCUGGCCCAGUCACCAGGCGCUGGCGAGCAGAUGGAACAAGUACAUCAAGCUGUGGGGGAUUAUUAAAAUGACUGACGAGAGGGUAUCAUCUCAAAUACAGCAUUAUUAAUGCAUGAGCCCUGCUAUUCUCCUCCCUUGCCCUUGAACCUGUCCAUUUCAUUUGAAGCCCAGAGGUUUCUUUAUAUCUUUCUAUUUUUUUUUUUUAAGCAUCUAAAUGACUGGUCACUGACUGUCCCAGGCCAGGCCUCCCACUGCUGGUCACUGCAUCACUCUCCCAGGUCUAAUUGGUACAGAUGGCUCUUUAGUCCUUUUAUUAUUCUCCCCCCAUUCAGAGCUGGCUGUUAUUGUGUUGUCAACUUUUGAAAGCGUUUAUAUUAAGUCUUAGAAGUUUAUAAUACGCACCUCAUUGUCAAUUCUCAUAGCUUUUUUUCUGUUUUUUUUGGGGGGGUUUGUUGCUUGUUUGUUAUCGGUGUUAUAAGGUACAAUGCUUUUCAGGAUAUCCUCCUACACAGAAACUCAAACGGAUUUCCCUCCAGGUGAACCUGUCUAGUAUUUUCUAAGCUGUUCCUUCUGUUUGCUGGUUGAUUGAUCGAUUGAUUUGUAUGAGAUUUGUACAUAUUUCCAUGACCAUGCCAAACCAAUUCAGUGGGCUGGUAGUAAAAAAAAAGGAUUGUUGAUGUGACUGAAACUUGACUGCGCUUGUAUAGCCAAAAAAGAAAAAAGAAAAAAAAGAGAACUUAUAUCUCGCAAUGAGACAAUGUUUUAUAAGUGUUAUAAGCACUGGAUAUAAAUUGUAUUUUUAUCAAUUCUGACUAAUGUGAAGCUGUUGUAUGAGGAAAAAAACCCUGAAUGAACAAAGUCAUCAGUUGAUCUCAUGUAGGCUCAUUCUCACAGUUACCAUAUUGAAGUCAUUUUUCUGUCUACCUUUCUUUGUUUUUGUUUAUUUAUGCAAAGACACACAUGAUGAAUGAAAACUUUGUUUAAGCUCCAGAUUCACCUUGGAGAGAGAGAGAAGAGAGAGAGAGAGAGAGAGAGAGAGAGAGAGAGAGAGAGAGAGAGAGA